CGGGCUCUAAGAUGUUCGCCUUUGGUGUCAAUAGUAAUUUAAAGCCAACUCCAGUGGUAAUUUUGGUAUAUCAAUGUCAUCGCAGUUCCUCGCUGUCUCUAAAAUGAUUAUCGUGUAAUUCUUGGUUGGAUGAAGAACUAUUUUUCUCCGCUAAAAUUUAGACUUCUGAGAGAUCUCUCGGGCGACUUCGAAAACUACUAGGGUUUGAUUUUCUUUCAGAGGACAAAGCCCUGCAAAAUUUGAUCUUUUACAGAGAAUUCGGAGCUUUGAAACCAUGGCGUCUAGAAGGCGGAUGCUUCUCAAGGUCAUAAUCCUCGGUGACAGCGGGGUCGGGAAGACAUCUCUAAUGAAUCAAUAUGUGAACCGUAAGUUCAGUAACCAGUACAAGGCAACAAUUGGAGCUGAUUUUCUGACUAAAGAAGUCCAAUUUGAAGAUAGAUUGUUCACAUUACAGAUAUGGGACACAGCAGGGCAGGAGAGGUUCCAAAGCCUGGGUGUGGCUUUCUAUCGUGGUGCAGACUGCUGUGUUCUUGUGUAUGACGUGAAUGUGAUGAAGUCAUUUGACAACCUUAACAAUUGGCGGGAAGAAUUUCUGAUCCAGGCCAGCCCGUCAGACCCUGAGAACUUUCCAUUUGUUGUGUUGGGGAACAAGAUAGAUGUUGAUGGUGGAAACAGUCGAGUGGUAUCUGAGAAGAAGGCAAAGGCAUGGUGUGCCUCCAAAGGGAACAUUCCCUACUUUGAGACUUCUGCAAAAGAAGGUAUUAAUGUCGAAGCUGCCUUUCAAUGUAUAGCAAAGAAUGCUCUGAAGAAUGAACCUGAAGAAGAAAUAUAUCUUCCUGACACAAUUGAUGUGGCGGGUGGAAACCAGCAAAGAUCAUCUAGCUGCGAAUGCUAGGCAAAUAGCGAUAGGGUAAGGAGGGUUUGUUUCGGGAUGGAAGAGCUACUGCUUCUUCCUUCCCCAUUCAUUAGGCAGUAAUAAUUCAGGGAAGGUGUCAAAAGGUUCUAUACUUCUAGAUAUUGUAUAAUACAAAGUGUUAGAAAACUGAAAAGAGAGGAAAGCAAGUGUUAUCUGGUGUGUAUCCAUUUCAUGUCCCUUUCUCUUUAAACUCGCGCACAUGAACGUUUAUGCCUUUCACUGGAAAUCCAAUUUGUUGUAAUAAGAUUUAAGACUUCUAUUUGGCGCCUAAACUAGUCCGUAAUGUGUUGUGCAUUUUA